UGCAGGGUGUCUUCCUUCCUUCCUUCCUUAAAUACAUGUGUACUUCCUACAUGGUGUACCUAGAGUUCAUAAUUAGACUACUUUGUCAUUUACAGGCGUGCCCGUUAAUCGCGCUUGAGUUACGUUUCAUUUCGUCAUGGUCCAAGGCGAGGACUCAACCCUCCCCAUAGAGUGAAGUCUAUCUCCAUGACAACCUUCUCCCAACAGGAAGUGGAGUUUUUACAAAACCAUGGCAACGAGGUUGGCAGGAGGACUUGGCUGUGUGCGUUUGAUCCAAAGACAGACGGGUGCUUUGACACGAGAGACACCCAGAAACUGAAAGAGUUCCUUCAAGACAAAUAUGAGAAGAAGAAAUGGCAUUUUUCCAAGAGUAAGAAUCGUAGGGAGGUGGAGGGUCCCUGGGCCUCGGGGGUCCAGGUAUUGUCUCCAGCUCAGGGACCCCUGCCUGCUCAGGCCCCCUCCCACUCCAUGCCCCCCACCGCCAGACCCUCACGGACACUGUCCCAGUCCCAGAUCUCCUCCUGGGACCGGGCGCCCCUCGCUGUGUCCCCCGCCGACAUGAGGACCGAUGUCUUCACCGCUCGGCCCUCACGAUCCCAGAGCUUCAGAGACCCCCCUAUGAAAGAUACUCUUCUUUGUGGAAUAGAGAGACAGCGUCCAGGGUCUCUCUCCUCCGCCAUGGGAGCCCAAAGUCACACCCCUUCAUUUCCCGCCCUCCCCAGACCCUCAGCCAGUAGCACUUUCAAAAACAGCUUCACUUUAGCAAGUCGUACGGUCUCUGCCUCGGGUGCCUCUGCGCCCUUCAGGGCCUUCCCCAAGUCUCUGAGCGUGGACUUUGGGGGUCUCGGCCAGCAGCACGGUGCCCUCAGUGUGCCCCCCCAGGCCCCCAACUCAAACCCCCAGGACAGGUAUGCAGCGCUGUCUCAGCUGGAGGGGGUCUACUCUGAUGCUUCGCCCGGCACAGCGCCACCCGGUGGAUUACCGCAAUACAGCACCCUGUUUGGAAACAGGCUGUCUUCUAGUUCAACCCCUGCCAGCUCACCAGGGGUAGAGACUGUCUCCAACUCCCAAACAUUUGCAAAUUUCCCCAACCCAUUCAGCUCCGGCUCCGGCUCCACUUCCCAGCCUGCUCUCUCCCCCAGUAACCCCUUCAACAACGCCACAGGAGGUGAUGCCGGGGUGUUCACCACCUCUCCCCCCUCAGUGUUCCCCCCCUCGGCUACUUUUCCCUCUCCCGCAUCCCAGAAUGCAUUUCCCCAUGAGCAGACCAGCAACCAGGAAGCCAAUGGUUUUGCCUCAUUCCCUGCACCCGAAUCUCAGCCCAAAGUUCCUCGUCCAAUGUCAGUGAACCCCUUCACAGUGAGUGCCCCCUCACUUCAGACCCCCAACAGCAACAAGAUGCUCCUCUGUAGCACUUGAGGAAAUGGUUUGGAACGGCAUCAAGCGAACUGCUCAAUGCAAGAGGAAGUAACGGUUAUUCAAGAGUUCCCUUUUUGGCAGAAUGGGAGCUGGCGUGUAGUAACUCUGCCCCCCCCCCUCUCUCUCUCUCUCAGGGGAAUGUUUACCCCAGCAGAGGAACUUCGCGAAACCCUUUCAUCUGAUACGGGUGCCCGUGGGCCUCUCAACCCACCCACCUCUGGGAACAGGGGGACGGGGGACGGGGGGGCGGCGAGGAGAUGAAGGGUGAACUUGAGGCUGCUGCCAUUUCAAUGCCUCUCCAUUCUUUUCACUCUCAGUGAGAGGUCUAGUAUUCAUGCAGACCCCCUGUGUGUCCUGUGUUUACGUGUCUGCGUAUUUCUGUGUGUGCGCGUGUGUGGAGAGAAUGCGCGUCUCAUUAAAUGUGCAUACAGUGUCUGACUUGUGUGUGUCUGUAUGAGAUGGGCAGAAGGAGAGAGAGUGCGUGUGCGUCCAUCUGUGUUUUUCGCGACGCGUAAAUCCAAGGGGUUUGUUUAAUAAUACUCAGAACCCACCUUUAGGGCUCUGUCCAUGUCAUGACCUCCGGGUGCGUGUGUGUGUUCACCACCUCGACCAGAGAAACACACAUUCACACACAUUGCUGCUUCCUGCUCCCAUCUCCAGCUUCUGUGCAACAAACCUGCCUAUCAGUUACAGUGUACUGUAUGUCAGCUGUUUUUUGAAGUCUCAGAUAAUAAGGCACCCAAACCCGCCAAACACUACCAAUCAGCCAGUUAGAAAAAGGAGAUUUGCAGCUGAGUUGUCAGUUAACAAUUGGAGCCAUGAGAGGUUCUUAGUGACGGUUAUGCCAGCCUUAAUAACCUCCUGAUGCAUGUGAAUAGGAGACCAUAACAAGACAGGCUUUACCAACAUGUACUGUGGGUGUGUGAACAUGUGGAACAUAUGUGUUUUGUUCUAAUGUCGGGUUUUGGUUUGGAGAAUCAUUUGUGUUACAGUCUCAGGCUGCAUGUGCUUGGAGGGCUACAGAAGAUGCUAUUGAAUGUAAAAGCAAUUUAAAAAAAUGUAUAUUUCAUCUCUUCAUGCAAUGGACCAAAUGUUUCUUGUUGUGUUGGGUGACAUGGAGGUGCGAUACUUUUUUUUCAUGAGCAAAAAAAAGAUCCAUUUAAGUCUUUGUAAUGAGAAGGAUUCAUGUUCAUAAAAUCAAUUUGUUGCUUCUU